AAUUUCAAAAAAACUUUUGUUUCUUGCUGCAUGCUUGACAAUGACAUGACAUGAUCGCAACAAGAGUGCAUAAACAGUUUAUGGACUCUUGGUGAUAGUUUAUCGAGGACUUCGUUUCUUACCUUUCACAACCUGGCCUGAAGGCUUCAGUGAAGUCGACACAAUGGUAGUUAUUCUAGCUGUACUCUAAAAUGAAAUAUCUCCCCGCGUAGACUUUUGCUACACCAAGAUGGGGGAUGACGACGAUGAAAAUGAGUUUCUGCAGCGCCUGCCGCGAUGGAUCUUUACUGGCGCUUCUGCACUGAUAUUCAUCACCAUCGUGUUAAAUGAGCACCGUUCGUUUCUGCUGUUUCUAUGGGUGUUUUCCACCGGUGUUGGAUUUGCCUACACGCUGCUGAUGCGAACGACUCUUGUGCCGAGUAUGCUGCUAUGGUCCCGUCGCGACAAGUUAGCCAAGGCGGUCGGCCUACCUGGCGCUGCUACUAGUGUUGUUGGCUGUCCGGUGUGUGGUGAUGACAAGUGUGCACGGCACAGGGGUGAAGUGUCCAGGCUUGAGUUUGAGCCAUGGGAAUCAGUGAAAGUCCGGAAGGAAAUUGACAAGGGGCUAUCACGGUUCAUGGAACUCCUCAUGAAGAACUAUGUUGCGUUUUGGUACAAGGAAGUCUCUGAGGACUUGCACGCGGAGCAUUUGCUACGCAUGGGUCUUCGGCAUGUGACCGCUAUCUUUGUGCAGCGCCUGUCCAAGAUUGAUAUAGCCAAACUCAUUUCUGGCAAGUUCAUUCAGGCGGCUAUGUACCACAUGAAUAUGUAUGUCGCCGCCAAGAGGAAAGUUGGACCAGGUGCAAGUCAAGAGGAGCUAGUUGAAGCAGUUUGUCGUGAAUACGGUCCAAGACUGCAUCGAGCGCUGCGAGGUGGAGCGUACGCUGAGAGGCAGUACCUCUGUCGUAUCACCGAUGCUAUCACACCGUUCACACUGCCCAUGGAUGUACAGCAAUGCAGAGGUUUGAAGUUACUACUCAGAGAGAUUGUUGGUCCUGGUCUGCUACAACUCACUGUUGAUACGAUUGUUGACCCGGACUUUCUCAACAAGAUGCUCAUCAUCUUGGUGGAACCCGCCGUGCCUGUUGAGGAGCUCACUGCUCCUGAGCAGCUUGUUCCAUUGCUGGACACAUUUUCCAGGCCACUGCGUCUUCCAUCGCUGAUGGUCCCAUCACUCAACGAGAUCAAGUUGAACACCAAGCUGCUACUUCCGUUCAUGAACUUCCUCAAGGCCAGAGGGCUGAUUGGGCUGCUACAGUUCUGUCUGGAAACAGGUGAAUUCCAGGAUGAGCUGGACCGGGUAUCGAAGGACCGCAUCAAUGCUGGUCGACUUUUGAGAAAGGUACAGCAGAUCUACUCUUCCUACUUUGCAACGCAGUCUGCAGACUACCUCUAUGGAGUGGAUGAUGACACUGUCAUGGAUUUGAAAACUGUAUGCGACUAUACAAGCAGUGGGCAAGUUGACAAGGCUGUGUCCGUGCUGAUGGAAACCAUGCCGAUUGCCAGGGCAUACAGUAAAAUCUAUGGAACAUUGGAACGUGACUAUGUGCCUCUCUUCUUAGCCAGUAAUCAGCAUCUACGUCUCAUCUGUGGAGACAAGUUCCCCAAGCAGUUGCGGUCUCGGUCGUUUGGGACUGCCAGCCGACUGGAGCCGCUCAAGAACCUAGCAAAGCUGGGGCGUCGUCUAAAGAAGCACCUGCGUACCUCUCGAACAGAUAUUGACAUUCAGGUGACGGCUAGCUCGGAUACUGCCAUCGCUGGUGCGUCCGGUUCAGCAGUGCUUGGACUUGAUGCCGAGGAGGGAGAUGAUGUAGCGCACGGCCAUGCUGACAACGAUAGUAUUGCGGAAGGAGAGACACUGGAUGUGGAGGGAGUGGAUCCAGAGGGUUCUGGAGACGAAGGUGUCAUGGUUGACAAGUCCGACUCUGAGCUCAACCCAGCAUUUGUUGAUGAUUUCACCUCAUGGAAAAUCUCCAUAGCUGGUGUAGAAAGUCGCUAUGCAGGCAAACGCAGCUUCUUCGUGUAUCGCAUUCUUUCAGAUGAUGGCGUUGACAGCCCGGGUAUGAAGCGGGAGCCGAUUGGCAGGCGCUUCUCCGAGUUCUUCAUACUGCACCGACGUCUAACUCAGUUCCAUGGUGAUAUUGGCAUCCACACUUCCUAUCAAGAAACUGCUCAACCUCAGCAGGAUUACACCCAAGCAGACCCUGGAGAAGAGCCAGCAAUCCCUAGAGAAAUACUUACAGCAACUUAUCCUGCAUCCAUCUCUGAAGAGAAGCCAGGCCCUGUACAAUUUCCUGACCAACCCUGGUGUAGUGUUUGAGAAGAAAGCAGGCUUAAACUUUGCAGUGCCGCAGUUACUGAAGCGAGGCCAGCAUCUGGAUGAUUUCCUGGGCACAUUUCUAAACUCAACAUUCUCGCCCGUUCCGGAGCACAGUCCUGAGGAGCUUCAGAAGCUUCAGAAGGAG